AUGCCAGAGGCGCUUCCUAUUGAAGAGCUUCACUACGAAAGACAGAUUCAGACUUCCAUCGGCCUUGUUACCAUUGCGGAUACCGGACAGCAGUAUAUUUUCAAAGGGCGACCGACGCCCAACGCACUCUAUCAUGAGAUAAAAAUGCUGCUGUCCAUUGAUCGGCAUCCAAAUAUCAUUGAGCGACCAGUAAAGCUGGUGACAACCCAAACCGAUGCCAUGAGUGAAGCCCGGGUCUGUGGAUUUUUGUUGCCCUACUAUGAUAAGGGAGCUAUGCAAGAAGCACUUCCUCGGCUCAGAUUGCAGGGUGAAUUAAAGUUACAGGACCAACUCCGUUGGUCUAAACAAUUGACGGCCGCUCUGAAAUAUAUCCAUUCCUCACCAGCUCUCUUCUAUUCGGACUUGAAAAUGGACAACGUUCUUUUGGCACAUGACGAGAAUGGGAAGCUAAAAGCGGUCCUAGCUGACCUUGAACAAAGUCGCAAUUUUUACAACUGGGCACCACCAGAGGUCUACUACAUUGAGUGGAUAGUUGAGCUUGGCGACGAAGAGGUUGCGCGCUCUGGGCUGGUCGAACACGCUGCUUACGAAAAACAUGCCUUUCUGUUCCACGUGCGCGAGAGUGGAAAGAUGGAACCUAUCGGAAUUGUGCGGCGUGGAGGUCGAGUGUUCCCGCUCGGUCGUUCAGGUGUCAACUGUGAACCUACUGCCACUCUGGAAGAAACCAAGCAGGCGAUCAAAUCGUUCUGGCGAGGGGAAAUGGAGAAAGCGGAAAGGUUUGCUUGGGCACAAAUUGCUUACGCCACGAACUUGGCUCAAGAAUCCGACAUUGAGCUUCUGGACUAUUUGCGUCGACCAAAGCUGACAGAGGUCCUGGAAGUUUUGAAUGGGUUUUCUUUGCCAACGCUGUGA